UUGGGAUGCGAACAGUUGCCUGCGAAUCGCCGCCCACUGCGCUACACUUUUUUUGGCCCGCUCUUGGUUGAAGCACAUAUAUACAUAUACAUAUAUUUGUAUUCGUAUUCGCUGGGAGCUGAAAUUCGCGGCGAAAUAAUUUUAGCAACUUGUUAUCCGUCCAUGCCAUGCGCGAUAAAAUAUCACAACUAUUUUGCUUGCAAAAGAACGCAUGCAAAAAUAAUUCAACAGAUAAUAACAGAGGACAUAAUGUGCCAACAAAAGCAACGACCAACGGGACCAUGUGCGCCAAUGGGUCUCUUGGGACAGAAGGGCCCGAAGCGCCAGAGACCGACUCAUCAGGGACCGGGCGGAUGCGGAAGCCGCUGGAGAGGAAUGGCUCAACGCAGAACCACGCUGUUCACCUCGAGAGAAGGCUGGGCCUCUUCAGUGGGGUGGCUUUAAUUGUUGGAACUAUGAUAGGGUCUGGAAUUUUUGUGUCACCCUCCGGUUUACUGGUUCGCACUGGUUCCGUUGGAGUUAGCUUUAUAAUCUGGCUUGCCUGUGGUGUGCUCUCUCUGCUGGGCGCUCUGGCAUACGCUGAACUUGGCACGAUGAACACGUCGUCGGGGGCGGAGUGGGCCUACUUUAUGGAUGCCUAUGGACCGGCGCCGGCGUUUCUGUUCUCAUGGGUAUCGACUUUGGUGUUGAAGCCAUCUCAAAUGGCUAUAAUAUGCUUAUCAUUUGCACAGUACGCCGUUGAGGCCUUUGUGACGGAAUGCGAUCCGCCCAGGGGCGUGGUCAAGAUGGUCGCCCUGGUGGCAAUUGUGAUGAUUCUGUUCGUGAACUGCUACAGCGUGAACCUGGGCAUGGCCGUGCAGAACGUGUUCACCGCCGCCAAACUGGUGGCCGUGGUGGUCGUGAUCUGCGGCGGAGCCUACAAACUGAUGCAGGGCAACACGCAGCACCUGUCCAAUGCAUUUAGCGGCCCCAUGCCGAACGUGGGCUCCAUCGCGACGGCCUUCUACACGGGAUUGUGGGCCUACGACGGCUGGAACAACCUGAACUACGUUACCGAGGAGAUCAAGAAUCCCAGCAAGAAUCUGCCGCGCUCGAUCAUCAUCGGCAUUCCGCUGGUGACGCUCUGCUACGCCCUGAUCAACAUCUCCUACCUGGCGGCCAUGUCGCCCGAGGAGAUGAUCGUCUCGGAGGCGGUGGCCGUCACCUUCGGCAAUCGCGUCCUGGGAGCCCUCGCCUGGCUGAUGCCCCUCAGCGUCACCAUCAGCACCUUCGGCAGCGCCAACGGCACGCUCUUCGCAGCUGGCCGUCUCUGCUUUGCGGCCAGUCGAGAGGGUCACCUGCUGGACAUCCUCUCCUACGUCCAUGUGCGCCGUCUGACUCCCGCUCCGGGGCUGAUAUUCCACUCGCUGAUUGCCUCGGCAAUGGUGCUGCACGGCACGAUUGAAUCGCUGAUUGAUUUCUUUAGCUUCACCGCCUGGAUAUUCUACGGCGGCGCGAUGCUGGCCCUGAUCGUGAUGCGCUACACCAAGCCCAACUAUCCGCGGCCCUACAAAGUGCCGAUCAUCAUUCCCGUUGUGGUCUUGGUCAUCUCCGUGUAUCUCGUGGCGGCGCCCAUCUUCGAGACCCCGCGCGUCGAGUAUCUCUACGCCCUGCUCUUCAUCUUCGCGGGCCUGAUCUUCUACGUGCCGUUCGUCAAGCUCGGGAUGACGCCGAGGUUCAUGAACAAGGUGACGCUGUUCUUCCAGCUGCUGUUGGAAGUGGUGCCCACCUCAUCGAUGGCCAUGUUCGAGUGAAGCUGCCCCAAGAAGUGCUCAAGAUUGGUUGACUGGGGUCACCAGGCUCGGAACGAGAGAAGCAAAUACAUUCACUUAAUUACUAUACAAACGAGGAUAUAUUAGGAGUGAAGCAUAGACAGGAUACAAGGGGUUGAUUUGGAAUGGCGAUGGAGGAGUGUUAAGAGCAACCUAUAUUGAUAUACUGACGUUGUCGUUGACAAAGUAGUGCUAGAGAAACAGAAACUAUUUGAAAUAGUCUUUUUAUGCUAUGAGCUGGUUAUAUUCAAAGGUUAUAUAUGAAUAUACAGAUAUUUAGUGUGUAUCUUUAUCGAUUGUGUGUAGCGCGCAUAGGCCAAGUUGCAUAGUUGAUACGUACGUACGUUUAUACAAACAAACAAAUCUAUAUAUACAUAUAUUUUUGUGUUCUAUUAAUUAAAGAUCAAGACAAAUGACAGAAACAACUGAAAACAACACACACUGAAACAGUCGAAACAAUCUUUGCCAAGCGGUUGGAAGUGCAGGCCCCAAAAAGAAAGACCUUCUGAAAUUGCAAUGGGCUGAGGUUUGAGUACAGUGAAGCCAGGAAACAAAGACACCACCAAUCCGUACAGUACCCACCUAAAUCAACACUCGCCGCAGAGCUUUCGGGUUUAUCCUUGUUUGAUUUCACUUGACUUUUCCGUUGGCGCUAUAUACCCACAUUAUAUACGAGUUUAGCGAUCUAGGGAUCGGCUGGAAUAGCAAUAUUUAUAUAUAUGUAUAUGUGUGUGAUGGAUCGAUAAUGAUGAUAAUAAUACAGAAAAAAGAAGAAGGAAAAAACCCCAACAAGGAAACACAAAAAGGACAAAGGCAAAUUACAAAAUACAAAGAACCCAACUGAAUGUUUCUAACUUUGUGCGACAAUGACGCGUGUGAAAUUCGUAGGACUGCAAAUAGGCAUUAAUGAUUUGUAAUUGAUACCAAAGUAAGGUAAAGAAAACAAACACUGAGAAAAAAAUUCAAACAAAAAAAUAGAAAAAGCCAAUUGAAAAAGAAAAGCAAACAUAAAUACUACUAUGGAUACUUGUUAAAUACAUUUUUUUGCGACUUCUGUCUGCUUUGACAAAUCGUUGCAACCAAAGCUAGAACUAGAUUUAGAAAACGGUUAUACUUCUAUGGUUAUAAUUAUUAUACAAUUUUUUUUUUGUUUUCGGUUUUUCGCUUUUCGCGGAGGACUCGUCGUACACGAGUUAGAAAAAGACAGCAGAUGUGGAUGCCAUCUCGCUCGCAAACAAUACAAGAAUUUACAUUUUUUUUCAAACUACAUUUUUUUUUUAAUGUUUCGCUAUGCUUAUCAAUUGUCUGAACCGAUAUACAAAACAUUUAUAUCUUUACCUAUAUAUAGGGAUACUACAGAACUUACACACACAUAAAUAUAUAUUUAUAUAAUUUGUUAAGUUUAAAAAUUUUAUAAUUUUAUUACCAACUAUUUACAAUGAGCUAAACGGUAACCAGAACAAAUCGAAAAUCUCUAUCUAUACAUGUACCUACCACCUAAUAAGAAAAGAAUUGUAUUAUGUAAACCAGAAAUUGACGAAAUAAAGUUUUUGAAACACA